AUGACGACUCUCUCAUCUGUCGCGCGUAGCUCUGCGCCGACCGCCACACCCACCCCGAUGAAACCCAUCCUACGAAAACCCACCUCCGUCCUGGGCACGCGAUCACGAUCCGAGGACUCGGACGGGGCAAACGAGGAUGAACCCCCAACCAAGCGACAGAAAAAGACAGUUGCCUUCAACGAAAACCUGAACAUGGUCAAGGAGAUCAACAGCAAGAGCUUGGAGGAAGCAAAACGCGAAGUGCGCCAGGCGCUGGAGGGGCACAGCCGCGGGGACGACGAGGACUACGACAACCUGAAGGAUAUUUUCUUGCCGAACCCAAAAAAUGUAACACCCGACGAGGACGAUGACGAAGACGAGACGACAAAACCCCAGGACCUGAUAGUCUACGUCGUGGCACUGACGGGAUACGUGCCAUUACUCGGCCGGUCGUGCUCGGGUCUGCUACGGAGUGUGCUGCGGUGCAACUGGCUGGAGCGGGACGAGAACUUUGCGCGGGCAUAUAUUCAGCUUCUGGCUGCGCUUUCGUCGGUACAGGGAUCGCUCUUCACGCAGGCGCUUACCAUGAUUGUCGACAAGUUUACCGAGACACGCCAUACGUCGAGCGUUGCGGGCUUCGAGCCAGUCGACCCGGAAACGAAAAAAAAGUGGUUACACGUCGGGCUGAAAUACCUUCUCGAGCUGUUCCCGGCGGGGCAACACAUGAUUCUCAGCUUGGUCGCGUCCAAGUUUCCGUUCACCGAGGCAACAAAGGCGACACAUAUGGAGUUCAUCGACCACCUACUGCGUCUCAAGGCUGCGAGGCCGGGGUUGGAGCGGGAUAUCAUGGAGCUGAUCCUCUCCCGGCUGGUUAAGCUGGACGUGGAGAUGACGUUGGAUCUGGAGAAUGACGACGACGAGACCACGAGGGCGGUGUUGCGCCAGCUGGAGGCAUCCGAUGCGAAAAACGAAGAGGACGACGACGAUAGCGAUGCCGACUCCGUUCUCAGCGACGACGACGACCUAAACGAGCAGGCCAAGCGCGUACUCACGGUCAAGAACAAGCUGGAGACGAUGGACGCCAUUCUCGAUCUGCUGUUUUCGAUUUACGACCCGAUAUUCGAGGAUCCGGAGAGCCCCGAGGCAACCGAGGCAUUCCAGGACUUGUUGAGCGACUUCUCAAACGUCAUUCUGCCGCAUCUCAAGUCACGCCACACUCAAUACCUGCUCUUUAAAUUCGCCAUGAAGUCCCAGCAGCUCAUGGAGAUGUUCAUUGGGACACUAUUCAACCUUGCGUUCGAGUCGAACCGGCCACCCGUCGUUAAGCAGGCUGCGGUUGCUUACUUGGCAAGCUUCACUGCGCGCGGGGCCAUGGUUAAGAGCGAGCAGGUGCAGUUGAUCACCAAGACGUUCCUCGACUAUAUGGACCACUACCGCGCCGUACAUACUGGUUGCCGUGGGCCAGAUAUCUUCUGCUUCCGGUGGCGCGACUUGAUCGACCAGGACCUGCUCCCUCCCAGCCUCGAUUGGGACGAUCCGGCGUCUUUCAUCGGACAAGAACUGCCUUGGAUGACGGGGCUAAAGUCUCGCCUACAAGCCAACAUCGGCAGCAAGCUCAACCCGCUCAAAUGCUGCUCUCCGAUAAUCGUGGACGAGUUCGCCCGCCUCUCUCACCACCUGCGGCUCCUCUACAUAUACCCGCAAAUCGAAAAGAACAAGUCGGUCCACCUCUCGCAGUUCUUCACGGGCAGCUACGCCACCGGCGGCGCCCUGCGCGACAGCGGGUUCGAGUUUGACGACGAAAAGUGGACACAUCUCGAGGCCUGCUUCCCGUUUGAUCCGUUCCAGCUGCCCGUCGCUAAGCGCUGGCUCGACCUGGAGAGUAGCUACGUCGCGUGGCGGCCGAUGGCGCUGUUGGAUCGGGAUGGGGAGGACGAGGAUGAGGGGGAGGAGGAGAGUGAGGAGGAAGAGGAUAGUGACUUUGAAGGGGGGGAUGGAGAGGGGGAGGGAGUGGUGGGGACAAGCAUCUUCUGGGCGUUUUGGUUGGUUAGAGAUAACAAAAUGCGGGGAACAUCUGACGAGAAGCCGGUGAUGGCAGAUGACAGCGAGACAAAUCGGCCAUCAUUCUCGACUUUUUGGAGGAAGUCUAAGGAAGCGCUGGGCGGGAAGAAGAUUCGCUUCGUGGAGAGCAAGGCCGGUCAGAACACUGGUACAUCGGGGACAGGCGCCGAAGAUGACGCACGCACCGAAACAUCACAGGACAAGUCCCAGGCUCGCCGGGCCCAAGUCCGGAAAGCCCAAGUCCAGCAUCGGCAGCGCAAGGCGAACUAUGUCAAGCAGCUCGAGAUGGAUGUUGCCCGCAUCCGUGAGAUGAUCGAGGCUGCCGAGCAAGACACCAAGAAUCUCUUGGACGAAAACAAGGCUAUGAGGGCACAACUCCUACAAGCUAUGAGCAAGAAGAAAGCGCCACUGUCUCUGGAUCAGGGGGUAUCUCUCUUGCAGGACAUGCCCCAGCCAUGCCAGCUCAGUGAUGCCGGGGAAAGCCUGCAGCAACGAGGACCAGAGGACCACCUCGAACACCUCUGCCGCGCACACUUCCACCCGUCCCACUACGCGCCGCCGCCCCCCGACACCGUCUACACCAGCCCGCUCAUCGGCUACGACGGCAACGGGCACACCCUGAUGGCGACCAGCCUGGCGCUGCGCGACGCGCCCGAGCACAUCUUCAAAGCGGCCUCGCGCAGCGACCGCCUCCUGUUCCCCAGCACGCCGCCCAUCGCCCUCGACCCGACUUCCGCACCGGCCAGCCCUCCCUCCGCCGCCGCCACCACCGCCGGUGACGAGAACACCAACACCACCAACCCCACCACCACCACCACCAACCCCAACCCCAACGACAACAAAAGCGAAACCGACAACCUAACCUGGCGCACCUCCUCCCUGACCCUGCGCGCCCUGCACGGGCUCGCCUCGUCGCUCAACCCCGACGACCGCGUCGAGGUGGCGCCCGUGCAGGCGUGGUUCGAGCUGGUGGCGCGGUUCGGCGCCGAGCGGGUGAUGGCGGCGGGCGUGCUGGAGCGGCUGAAGCGCGAGUUCGUCGGCGUGGUCAAGUGCCCGCACUACGGGGCCAGCAUGGAGCGCGGGGCGUUUGAGAGCGUGGUUGGGCGGGUUUUGGGGAUUGCCCGUGGUGUUUAG